AUGAUUGAAAUCACUGCAAACGAUCGUUUGGGAAAGAAGGUUCGUGUGAAAUGUAAUCCCACAGAUACUAUUGGCGAUCUAAAGAAACUCAUCGCUGCUCAGACCGGCACAAAGUGGGAUCGAAUUAUUCUGAAAAAGUGGUACAAUGUCUACAAGGAUCCUGUCACCCUGGCUGAUUAUGAGAUCAAGGAUGGCAUGAAUUUGGAACUUUAUUACAAAUAG